GAGAUGACCGAGGACUUGGAGGAGCAGGAAGACGAGCUGCUCGCUCUCCAGAGUAUCUUUGAUGCGGACGAGUUUGUUCGGGACGAGUCGAAGUCUGCCGGAGAAAUCCGAGUAUGUGUCGAGCUUCCUGUCGGCUUCAGCGUGGCUCUCAGAGAGGGUGAAAGUCUGCGUCAGUAUGAUAUUUCCUUCCUUCCACCGCUGCUUUUGAACUUUGGGCUUCCUGAAGACUACCCUUCCUCCUCCCCUCCCUCCUUCAGCCUCACCUGCAGCUGGCUGACUCACACACAGUUGGCUGCACUGCGUGCUCAUCUCGCUGAUCUCUAUGAGGCCACUGGGGGAGCUGUGGUGCUCUUCUCCUGGGUGCAGUUUCUCAGAGAAGAUGCUCUGAGGUUCCUGAACAUCCACAGUAAGCUGGAUCUUCCUCCUGAUGAACGCAGCACCCUGCAUUAUAACCAGGACCAACACGAUGCUGAACUCUCAGAACCAAAGAACAAUUCAGAGCCAGAGUUCUCUGUACCAUCCUCGGAAGUUCAGGAGAAUCCUUCAGACGGGAGCAGCGCAGACUCUCAGGGAGCUUCGGCUUUAGACUCCUGCAAGCAUGACCAGAAUGAUCUGAACUCUCACCAGAGCCAGAGUGAUCUAACCUCAGAUUAUCAAAGAGCUCUUUCUCCAGAGCCUGCACUCCAAAACCAAACCACACACACUCCAGAUGUGACAAUCCUCCAAGCCUCAGAGUUUAAUGUUGAUCUCCAGGAUGAUCUUUCUUCAUCUGCAGAGAAAUCCAAGCAUCAUCAAAGUGUCCGGGAAGAUUUCUUAAAUGAAGGAGAUGCUUCUCUCUCAUCGCUGCUUCCUUCUACCUCCUCAGGCACGUUAGAUCCAAGUGAACUUGGAGCUGCUUCUCUGCCGGUCCAGCCCACAGAUUCUCCUCAGAGUGAAGAGCAAACCCUCUCUGGUCUCUUUUUAUCUCCAUCACAGACUCUGCUGUCCCACAUUUUGAUCUAUGAUGCGGCCCAGAAACACAAAGUGUUUGCCACCACUUUCUUUGACUGCGGGGUUUGUUUUAUGGGCCGGCUCGGGUCCGAGUGCGUGAAGCUGUCACCGUGUGGCCACGUCUUCUGCCGGGCCUGUCUCUGCGAGUUCUGUACGGUUCAGAUCACAGAGGGGAACGUCCGGGAUGUCACCUGUCCUCAGGCAGACUGCGCUGGUGCCCCUACACCUGCACAGGUGCAGAGUCUGGUAGGGGAGAAGCUGUUCAGCCGCUAUGACCGUCUCCUGCUGCAGAACACUUUGGACAGCAUGUCUGAUGUGACGUACUGUCCUCGAACAUCCUGUGGCUCUGCUGUUAUUUUGGAGAAGUCCAGCAAUGCAGUGCUUUGCUCUGAGUGCAGCUUUGCCUUCUGCGUCACGUGCAGAAUGACCUACCAUGGAUUAGAAGAGUGUGAAACCAAGAAAAAACAUGCAAGAGAUGCAUUGCAAACCGCUUUAAAAAGCCUAGACUUGCCACAGUCACAAGAGGGGUUGAGUGCUCUCUUGAAUGACUAUAAACAUGGCAGUAAGGAGAGGAAACGCCUGCUGGUGAGCAGAUAUGGUAACAUGCUGGUAAUGCUGGAAAGUAAUCUGAAUGACACCUGGUUGGCCAACAACAGCAGAUGCUGUCCUCACUGCUUCAGCAGAAUCGAGAAGAAUGGAGGAUGUGACCACAUGUUAUGCACUCAGUGUGGACAGGACUUCAGUUGGUGCUGCGCUCUCAGACUGACAACAAAAAAUGGAAAAACGCACUUACAAGAAUAUGUCUGUGAGAACCACCGAAAAUAGCCUCCCAGUGCUUCCGCUACUUUCACCAGCAGCCCAUCAUUUUGUCACAUUAAAAUCAGUUUUAUUUAAAAAGAUUAAAAGAGAAAUGAGAUCUGAUUGAAACAAAAAACAGAAAUUUACAUCCUGUGAAGUGUUUUGACCCAGACAUGUCAUACUGUAUCAUGGUCAGCAGAGGGCGCUAAACAACAAGAAUGACAAAGCAGUAACAUGACAAGUUCCUUUUGGUAACUUUAGAAAAGCUAAUAUGUAAAACAGUCUGUUUGUUUGUUAUUUUCAAUAAAUUGAUACAUGAAUUUAACAAAUGAUGAACUGAUUUAUUUAACCUGGAUGCUAUAAAAACACUUCAGGAAAAUAUCCUCUGUAAAACUAUACAAUAGCAAACCUGUAAUGUAGAAUAUCUUAUACACAUAUUUCUAUAUGAGACGUUCUUGCAGCUGUUUCUUAGAUUCUCUGAGAUCUACAGUGUACGUAUUAAUUAUUAAUCUUCGUCUACUCUUUUUUGACUUAACCUCAUGUUUUAUCACUGUUGCAUAUGUAAAAUCACAGCAUAAGGUCCUCACUAUGUGCCUGUAAAACAUGUUCUCCCUAGUUAUAAUUGUAGCUCAUUGUUGUCUUCACUGUCAGUAAACCCACUGUUUUUGUUUUUCAAGUAAUGU